GAUUGUGUCGCGCGGUGGAGGGAUUGAGGUGGUGCGUAGUCGAUCAGUGAGCCCGCGCCCAACUGGGGCAGUGGCUCACAUACUGACCAACGGCAUGGCGACCGUCUGCAUUGGCGACAAGAUAAAGGACUUCAAGGUCUUAACGCUCCUGGGGAAGGGUUCAUUUGCAUGCGUUUAUAGAGCAAAAUCUGUGAGCACUGGAUUGGAGGUAGCGAUAAAAAUGAUUGACAAAAAGGCCAUGCACAAAGUAGGAAUGGUGCAAAGAGUCCGCAAUGAAGUGGAGAUUCACUGUCAGUUGAAGCAUCCCUCUAUAUUGGAGCUUUACAAUUAUUUUGAAGACAACAAUUAUGUCUAUUUAGUGUUGGAGAUGUGUCACAAUGGCGAGAUGAGCAGAUACUUAAAGAACAGGAAAGCUACUUUCUCGGAAGAUGAAGCUCGACACUUCAUGCAUCAUAUUGUUACUGGAAUGCUAUAUCUCCACUCACAUGGUAUACUGCAUCGGGAUCUCACUCUUUCCAACCUUCUACUUACAAGUGAUAUGAACAUAAAGAUCGCUGAUUUUGGAUUAGCAGCACAGCUGAAAAUGCCAAACGAAAAGCAUUUCACCAUGUGUGGCACUCCCAAUUACAUUGCACCAGAGAUCGCAACACAUAGUGCUCAUGGCCUUGAAUCUGACGUGUGGUCUCUUGGGUGCAUGUUUUAUACCUUCCUGGUGGGAAAGCCACCAUUUGACACUGACACAGUUAAAAAUACAUUGAACAAAGUGAUGCUGGCAGAUUAUGAAAUGCCAACAUUUAUUUCAAAUGAAGCUCGAGAUCUAAUCUACCAGUUGCUUCGAAAAAAUCCAGCAGACCGUAUCAGUCUUUCUGGUGUAUUAGACCAUUCGUUCAUGAUGAAGUGCCCUUCAUCUAGAAGUAAAAAUUCAGAAACUGUAGAGGAUUCAAUGGAUAGUGGGCAUGCCACAAUUUCAACUGGAUUUACCACUGGAACAGGAUCCUGUAGUGCUAGUACAAUGGGACGCUUGCAUCAAAAGACUAAACAAGUAAUAGGACAGUUUCUUCCAAACAAAAUGGCAGUCAUUACCUCACACAAUAGACUUAUCAAUGAUACUUCAUCCAUGGAAGGUAGUACAGUCUUUAGUGAGAGAAGUGUACAAAAUUCUGAAAUUCUCAGAGGUGGCAGGGGGAAAACUAUGCAACAUGCAGAGGAAGAACGACCCCACUCUAGAUGGCUUCGCAGAGCACACUCCACUGAUCGUUCUGGUACCUUUCAAAGCCUGGACCCAGAAAAGCCCAAUAGUAUUUUGGAGCGAUGUCACUCUGUUGAUGCAUUGACAAAGUCUGCCAGACCUGGAAUGUACAGUCCUGCAAAUUUGUAUGGAGAUGGUUACACAGAUAGUCAGCAGUUCAGUAGAGAUGGUUUAGGUGUUGCUGGCUCACAUGAUAAACCCACCAUAUCUCCACCUGUCAAGCAGACAGCAAACCCAAAUUUUGCUUAUCAGCCUGUGUGCAGUGGGCCAUUCUUGGAGCAGACGUCGCAGAUUGGUACAACACAACACUGGUUUGAAAAUGCUCCAUUCAAAAAUACAGUGGAUGUUAGUGCCACAAGUAGCCCUAGUGGAAGUUUCCACAUUGGAAGAAAGCAGCAGAUUAUGAAUGAAGUAGUAUCAGCAAAUGCGUGGGAAAAAAAUCCGAGCAACAAAAUAAAAAGUGAUGCUUUUUAUGAAGAGAACUGCUGCAAAAAACAGAUUGGAGUUCAGAAAUGUGAUGGGAUUUUUUUACCAUCUGGAUGGGGUUCUGCAAAAGGGGAUGACAGGCAAGCAGACAUACAGUAUAACUGUCGUCAAGUUUUGAAACAACACAGCUUCAUACAAGAGGAAAGACGACCUACUGAGAAUCAGAUGAGGACAUUACAAGAGUUGGUGUCACCGUUGAGGGCCCACAGACUUAAAGCAAUCCGUCAGAAAACCAAAAAUGCAGUGGUGAGUAUUCUCGACUCAGAAGAAGUAUGUAUGGAACUUCUAAAAGGAAGCAGCGUUCAAGAGCAUGUAAAGGAGGUACUUAGAAUAUCUUCUGAUGGAAGCACGAUCCAUAUUUAUCACCCAAAUGAGGGAAGAGGCUUCCCAUUAGAAGACAGACCUCCACCUCCACCAGAAGAUGUAUUUGUUUACAGUUUUGACAACUUGCCAGAAAAAUACUGGAAGAAAUAUCAAUAUGCAUCUAAGUUUGUCCAUUUGGUGAGAUCCAAAACCCCAAAGAUUACACUGUACACUAAAUAUGCCAAAUGCAUGCUGAUGGAGAAUAGCCCACAAGCUGAUGUUGAAGUCUGCUUUUAUGAUGGAGCCAAAAUUAACAAGACAUCAGAGUUUCUUCGAAUCAUAGAGAAGUCUGGGAAAUCACACACACUCAAAGGAGCAAAAAUGAAUGGACCAAGUGAAGUAGUGAAUUCUUAUGUGGAACAUGCACACGAGGCUCAUCAGACUUGCCUUGAUCUGGAAUCAAUUAUUGCUGUACAAGAAGAAAGGAAGGAAAAGCGGGUGUCAUUUUUUCCAAUAAUCAUUGGAAGACGGCCAUCCAAUAUCGAUCCAAUGCUGUCCCCAACUCCUUCAGUGGACCCAAAAUCUGCAGCAGAGGAGCAACCGUUGAUCCAGCAUAUCUCUUCUAGCCAGGCUGCAAGCAGCAGUCCCUCUACUGUGGUAUCUCCAAGUCCAGGACAGGUGCUGAAAUCUGUAUUUGUACCCAACGUUGGCUGGGCUUCCCAGCUAAUCAGUGGUGAAGUCUGGGUUCAAUUUAAUGAUGGUUCCCAGCUCCUGGUGCAAGCUGGAGUCGCAUCUGUUGUUUACACAUCUCCUCAGGGCCAGGCGGUCAGGUAUGGGCAAAAUGAGAAGAUUCCUGACCAUGUGAAAGAGAAGCUACAGUGCCUCUCUUCAAUCCUUGGAUUGUUGGCAAAUCAAACAAACCAACAUAGAAUCCAGUGAAGCAAGCUCAUCUGCUGUAAUGUGAAGUCAGAAGUUUGGCAAUAUUCUCUUCUGUUAUCCUGCGUAAUGCUGUUUACCCUUUUCUAAAAGUAGUUUGGAACUUGUGUUGCUGAGUAACAAUAACUAACCAAGCCCAAACUGAAAAAUGUUAUAAAACAAAGAUGGUAGAUCUCAAUGUAGCAAAGUGUAAAUAUUGAACCAAUUAUGUAAAUAUUUUGUAUAUUUUGUAAUACUUAAUGUACAUGAAAGAUUUUUAUUUUUUCUAUUGCUCAUUUAAAAGUAUUUUUGAGUGACUAUCAAUGCAGUGUUAAAACAGUUGAAAUGGCAGAUUGUUGAGUUGUAUUUAUCUGCUUUAUGUAUAAAAGGGAUUUAUACCAAUUAUAUAAACUUGUAAAUGAACUUCUGUUUUUGUAAGAUAAUUUUAUAUAGAUAU